UAAGCAUUCUUACUAUUAUCAGUUUUAGUCUAAAAAGCCCAAGUCCAUAUGUAGAAACUAAAUAAAAGUUACCCACAGCAAAAUCUAAGAAAAUGAGCCAAGUCAGCAAGCUAAGCCAAAUAAGCCGCAUCAGCCAAACCAAUCAGUCUGAGGGAAGUGACAACGAUCAGCUCCGCCGUGCGAAUCUUCCGGUUUAUCCAAAACCGCUGCCCGAUCGAGAUGUAAGCUACAGACCUGACGAAAAUGAGUUCACAAUGGUGGAGAAGGCAUCCUUGCGGAAUGCAUGGCGUUUCAUUGAGCCUUUCCAGCGCCGAUUUGGCAAGGAUAAUUUCUACAGCUUCCUCACAAGGCACGAGGAUCUCAUAAACUUUUUCAGGAAAGAUGGAAAGAUAAACCUAAGUAAGCUGCAUGGGCACUCCAUGGCAAUGAUGAAGCUGAUGUCAAAGCUGGUCCAAACGCUGGACUGCAAUCUAGCCUUUCGCUUGGCCCUGGAUGAGAACCUUCCCACACAUCUGAAGAAUGGCAUCGAUCCCGAUUACAUGAGGAUGUUGGCCACCGCCCUGAAGAGGUAUAUCCUUGCGUCUUCUGUUAUCGAAAAUCAUAACUCCUGUUCACUAACCAAUGCUCUGACCCGUUUGGUGGAGAUCGUCGGGGAAUACGCCGUUGUCGAAGUUGCCAGAAAAAGAGCCAUGUCCACUGCCCUCAGGACAACUGUUGACGAGGCUGGCAAUCGAAUCGCCAAGGUGGCUUUAGGCACUUAAGCGUGAACAAGAACAAUUCAAAUACCAAUAUUCUACAGAAAACAUUGCUUGGAGAGACAAGAAAAUUAAAUUGUGAAUUCGAAUGUAUGAGCAUACUAUUGUACUUCUUAAAGCAAUUCAAAUUGCAGAAAGGAAAAAUCUCUAA